UAAAUACUGUAUAAAUAGCCAAGAUCAGUCUGGUUUAAACACUAAACUCGUUUCCAUUGUUAAAUCGAAACCCAGUUUUUGAAAAAGAAGUUGUGAUUAUGGAUUCUGCUGGACACAUGACAUGUGAACUGAAAGUGGAAACCCAAUCUCCUGGAUGGCAUAAGACAUUGAUCAAAGUAUUGAAAAGUAUUGAAGGAGUAUCUUUCACCAUAGAUGCAGAAAUGGGGAUUGCAAGGGUCUCUGGCAAAAUAGACCCAGACAAGCUCUUGGUAAUGCUAGCCAAAGCAGGGAAGCAUACUGAUCUUCUUUGGCUUGACUCAGGAAACCAUCUUACAAACGCCUCUUCAGUUCAUAGAAAUGUGGUUUGGCCUCAUGGUUACAAUCUCCAUGGCAAUUUUGGCUAUGGGUAUUACAAUAACCAUAUGUCAUGCCCUCCAUAUGGGGUAAUUGACCCAUAUAUGAAGGGUCCUUUUCCUCCACAAAGAUCUUUGUAUUAUGAUCCACCACAUUACCAACCCUAUUAUGAACCACCUGCUCCAAGCUUUCCUCAAGCUCCACCACCAGUGGAAGACCCUAGGCUCGAAUCCUUUUGUAACAUGAUGUGAGCUAUUGACUCGCUGCUAAACUUUGCAGAGGACCUAUUUGAAAAAUAUAAAAUUUCUUUUGUAGGUUUUUUUAAGCCGUACCCCCUAAAUCUGCAAUGUUUUAAUGGAGUUUCUAGGGGUUUUCGGUUUUUUGAGUUUAAGGUGUGUGAAAUAGUGAAUUUGCUUGAGUUUUCAUGUUCUUCCAUCUCCAGAUUUUUAGGGAGAUGGUUUUGGAUUUUCAAGUUUGAAUUUUAUUUUUUUUUAUUUGAUUUUUUUCUUUUCCUUCUCCAAGUUUUUAUGGAGAAUCUAGGGUUUUAAUCACUUGAAUCCCUUCUGUAACUAUUUGAUGUGGAACUUACAAAGUUACUAUUACCUUU